UACUCCUUCGUUCUAAAACUGCCAAUAAUCAUCGGCAUUACUCAAACAGACAAUGAAACUGUUUUAGAGAAAUUAAAUAUUAAAUAAAAAUAGAAUGAGUAAAAUAAGCAAUUUUUAUCAUACAAAAGUUUUUUUAGUUCCAAGUUGCGUUGACCGCCCCCCGCCGAGCGAGUAGGGCGAUUAAUCGAGUAUUCCUACCCUCGCUUUAUAGCCGAGCGACAAAACUAUCAGAACUACACUCGCUCCUCGCUACUCGCCAACUCGUUUCUAGUUUCUAGCUCUAAUCGCUUCUCGCUUUUCGUCGGUGGUGGGACCAGUGCCUUACCGUCUGAAAUUGCAAACAUGCGCACAUAUUAUUUGUAACAAGAAUUUACAAUUAAAUAGUUGUUUCUUAACAGUUGUAUAAGAUUUUAUGAAAAUUAACAUACGUCAUUUUUUCUGAGACGAGCUUUAGGUAUUUCCCUAGCCUUGAAUAUUAACAUAGAUAAAUAGCUGGUAUAUAACUUCUUGCAUUAUUAUGAAAAAACUAGUGAUACGUAAGUUUUUAAGCGAGACUGUCUUAUAUUUGUGACAAUAGUUAGUGUACUAGUAAUAAAAUUUAAAAAUUUCAAAGUAUACCUAAAUGGAUCAGGACAAAAUGAAGAUACUGCUGAUUUUAUUUUUUGUUCAGCAAUCAUCUGCAGUAAUUUUCCACUUAAAUCUGACAGAAUACAGCAGGAUGCCUGAUUUGUAUCUUAUGGACGACUACGACACCUGUCUCGCUGAGCCGGACAGUGUCUACUGCGCCAUCACCGCCGACUUGUAUUCCACGACCGACUCCGAGCUCAUGCAAAUGAUUCAGGAAUAUUCGGAACACAAAGUAAAGCACUACAACCACACAGUGGCACACAGGGCUCUGUGCGUUAAAACAACUUGCAAGGAUUACUUGCAAAACAGGGCUUUAGAAGUCGAAGCGGAUCUGAGGUCUGUCUUGGAAGAAUGUGUUAACAACAGCAUGUGGAAUGGAUACAAACUGAACGCCAGGUUAUCACACAUUAAUUACUGCAAGAAACACGGAGAAAAAAGGCCAUACAGUGCUGGAGACUAUAUAGUUGGAGCAGUUUAUGCUCUCCUGAUCUUUCUGAAUGCAAUCGGGACCUUUUACGACGUUCAAAACGGCGAUAAAGCAGGUAAUCCCCUGUUACUGGCAUUUUCCAUGCGUAGAAACUGGACCAAGCUAAUGGCGCCCAGUGGCAAAGGACCCGAGCCGAGACUCAAUAGACUACAAGUCUUCAAUGGGAUCAGAACUUUGACGACGUUCUGCGUGUAUUUUUCGCAUACGUAUACGCUGUUUGCUUACUCGUACCUCAAGAAUCCUUAUGACGUCGAAAUAGCGUAUGAUGAUCCUGUGAGAUACAUCAUGUUCAACGGCUGGCUAGUAACUUACACGUUCUUCGUUAUGUCAGGGUUUAUGGUGGCGUUCAACUUCGAGAUCCAUGCCGAAAAGCACCCUGUGAGCCUAUGGGACUGGCCCAGGAGUAUGCUCUUGCGAUGGCUGAGAUUGACUCCUACAUAUGCCCUGUUGUUGUUCACGGUGAUGACGCUGAAUCGGCACUUUGGCGACGGUCCUCAGUGGGACCUGCUGGUGACCAGUGAGGCAGACGAAUGCAACCGGUACUGGUGGACCAACUUGCUCUAUAUCAACAACUACAUCUACGACAACUCGAACUGCUUUCUACAGUGUUGGUACCUAGCAGCGGACACGCAGCUCUUCGGGCUGGGGCUACUCUUAUGCAUCCUGUUCCGAAAGCCGCGUGCACAGAUCAUCGUGCUGGCCGCCAUGCUGACCGGCGCACUGGCCGUCCCCGCCGCGCAUGUAUACUACCAGGGCGUAGACGCUGUGGUGUACCAGUCUCCUGAAAAUUACCGUACUGUAUACCAACACGACGACACAUUCCGUCUCAUCUACGUGCGCGCACACACCAUAUUGUCGACGUACUUGCUGGGCAUCGCCGGCGGGCUGCUGACUUACCACUGGCUUGAGAACGAAAAGAACAUUUCUGCGAGAAUGCGGAAAUACACCUGGAUCCUGUGGCUUUCAGUGCCGUUCGCCGUGAGCACCAUCUUGUCCGGAGGCAUGUUCUACAUGGACCACUUCGAACCCUCGACUCUCGUAAAAGUGCUUUAUGCUAGCGUCCACAAACCCCUCUUCCAAUUCUGCAUGCUCAUUAUUAUCAUUGGCUGCAUCUUUAAAGUUGAGACUGUGUACCGCGGCAUCCUAGAGUGGCGUGGCUUCACUUUGACUGCACGCCUGUCAUACGCCGGCUACCUGCUGCAUAUGAUGGUCUUACGUGGCUUCUUGGGCUCGCAGCGGCUGCCAGUGUACAUGUCCGACUACAACAUAGCAACGAUCCUGUCAGCCACCAUCUUCAUCUGUUUAUGCGUGGGGGCGUUGUUAUUCGUGAUGGUGGAAUCUCCUCUAGCUACGCUCGUUAAGACGAUAUCAACACCAUCAAGAAGGAAACUACAAGCAGCAACUGGAGAUGACAUCAAAGCUCCCACUGAAGAUGUUACCAAAGUUUAAAUUGUAGUUUUCAUACCCGUGCACAUUAGUGCACGUGCGAAUUGGCCUGCUUACGGACAUCAUAAAACCUCAACCACUAAAGAUAAACGGCGCUGAAGUUUUCAACAUCAAUUUUAGGUUUAAGUUUAUAUAAACUAAAAUUUUAAAAAUUCAACCCUUAAGGGGUUA